UUUACAUUUAAGUUUUUAAAAUAAUAAAUGGAAAGUACUACUAAAGCUAUUGAAGAAGAGAACACCCAGAUAAUCCGCCUAGAGAAGUCUGUCCUGGCAGAAACCAAGGAGCAAGAGGUCACCACAUGCCAGAGCAUCCUCUAUAAAAUUCUUCCAUAUAAAAAAGUUGAGCCACCGGAUCCAGACUCCGAAGAAUUUUCAGCAAACGGUUGGCUUACCAUGGCGAUGUACGACAUCGGAGAUAGACAAUUUAUGAAAAGUUUGAAGUGUCUUAAGGUUUUUGAUAUAGGUUAUCUUACUUUGGGUUGGAUUGAUUCUAAAAACAGGAGUUUUGUUUUAAAUUUCUUACAAUCCUCAUUCCCAAAUAAAAUUAAGAAUCUCUAUUUUAAAUCCGAUGACCAAAUGGAUCUGAAAAGGUCCAACUACUUAAACUCCCUGACCAGACUCAGCUCCAAAGUCGUUGAACAAGUUGAAUUUCAAAAUUUCAGCAUCGGCCCACCCCAACUCAAGAAGCUCGUGGCAGCUUUCAGGCAUGUGAGAACUUUGAGAUUGGAACAUUGCUGGCUAUCUAUCCCAAGAACUCCUGAUUUGUCGAAGGCUCUGAAGAAUUGCCAAAUCCAGAAAAUAAGUUUAAACGGAUCAGGACACUCGAGUAGAAGCGACUGGUGGGAGAACUACGGAGAGUUCAGGAACUUGGUACUAGGGUUAGCAAGUUCUCCAGAUUUAAGAUUGAGUCUUGAAGAAGUAGAUGUCUCUGACUGCGGAGUAAUGGAAAAUGACGCUAAAAGUUUCUUUGGAGGAAAACUGUUUGGAGGAGUUAACGUAAUUGUGGAUCUUUAAAUUUUGGCUAAA